GAAGGUUCGAAUUGACAAGUUUGUGAUUUUCGUAAUUUUAUUUUUGGAUUCACAAAUGUUAAUAUACCUUUUGACUUUGAAAAGGUGUUUCUGUUAUAAACGGCGGUCUGAAGUUUAUAAUAAACAUCAAAAACAAAGUGAAAAAUCAACUCUUAAGGUGUCGCAACUGGUCGAAAAAUAGCUCUGGUAUGAUGAUAACAAAAGAUAUAAAAAUUCAGCCUUGUCUCGUUAUGUGCUCUUUUUCGUCACAUGUGUACCGUAGGGAUUAACAAGUCAUGAAUAUUCGUAGCCGUGAAAGUUCAGUGGUGUACACGUAACUGUAUGAAAAAGAGAUUUUAAAGUUUAUGACGUCACUAGAGUGAAAAGACAAUAAAAUUUCGGUUUUCGUAUACGAUGUUUGUUACUUUUUUUCGGUGAGUGCAAGUAUAUUUUUGUUAAUACAGUGAAAGGCGAGUUCACGGUGCAGAGGAGGUCUUCCGCGAGGAUGGGCGGCGAUGUCUGCCCCCUCCGAUAGCGCUACGAGCCCUUCACCAUGUGCGUGCACCAACAUAUCGCUUAUGCAAUUGUUUCAUGAACUGAAACAAAAGUUUCCCGGCGUUCCUGAUCAUGUUGUUUCUAAUACAAUUGAACUGUACUGUCACGACAAGAAAGCUUGUGAGACACAUCUCCAUAAAGAAGUCAAGGCCUCCCUAACACAUGCGUAUCAUGCCUCUUCCUCGGCUGCAGCUCGCCAGCUCAAUGAGCUCAGAGUUAAUCCACCAAUCAAGUGCCGCAACCAACCUAUAAUUAAACAUGAAGCUGCUAAAUGUACAGCUAUUAAAUCUUUAACUUGCCAAGGUCCACAGAACGCUGUAAUCAGUACUAACUCUGAAGCAGAAGAAGAAAAGCCAUUCAAGUUAAACACUGAUGCAAACCAAAAUGUUGUUGAAAAUAAUAUAGAUGAACAAAUAAACAAUAUUUCAUCUCCAGUCACCAUUAUCAAUAUUGAUAACUGCUAUGCAAAGUAUAAUGCUGAGUCCCCGAGUGAUUUGGAACUAACUAAUGAUAACAAGGCAGAUAAGCAAAGUACAUUUCAGGAGAGUAAACUACUGGAGCAAGUCACUGAUUAUGAACAACCAGAGAGCACGAAUUACAAAAUUUUAAAGAGCAGUAAAAUCAAAGCUAAUUUAAAUGAGAGAUUAGAAACUUCAAAGGAAGUUAAAGAAAAGAAAACAAUCAAGAAAGAAUUGCCUGUUAAUCCACCGCAAGAGAAGCCUCAAAGACCUAACACACUAAACUUCAUCAAGCCAAAUCCAGACAUUGCAUUUAAAGAUAAUUUAAAACAGCCUGAACCUGAGUCCUGUAGAACAGUUUCCCCUGCACCGUCAACACAAAAAACAGAGAAUAAAGAGCAAAAAUCUGGCAACUACCGACUGGAUAGAGGAUACCCUCUUAACUGGUCAGUCAACGUUAAUUGUCAUAUGGACCUUAGUCGUGCAUACCCUGAUGGUGAUUACGAUAGCCCGAGAGCUAUAACAUCUGUUAAUUUAACAGUUUGUACUCCAACUUCAAACAUGGCUAGUCCUGUGAGGGAUACAAGAGAAGAAGACGGUGCAUUUGAAGGUCAUGUGACAGUAACUGUCAGUCCAAGCACGACACGACCACCAAGACGUCGUGCUCCUCCACCUCCAAUGCAGAAGUCUCGCUUGGAGUCCCCUAGACCUACCAGGGCUGCACCAGAACCACCAGGUCUUUCACAUGACCGUUCUUUGAUUGACCGACAAAAGGAACGUCUAUCCCGAUUAGCCUCUGCCGUAGCUCAAGAGAAAGGUCGCCUGGCGCAGCUCAAUCGGGAGACUCAGAUACUUGCUGCACCACCACCGACGCCAAGCGCAGCGCAGAGGCUCAAAGAUUAUGUAGAAAGGCUGCGGGAUGAGUGUGAUACAUUAGCUAAACGAUUAGAAAUGGAUGGUCAUGCUCGUGUUAUGCCCGUUGCAGAGGCAGAUGAUACAAGCAACUUCUACAGCAACAUCUACACGGGACAGCGCCAGCCCACAUCGUGGCAGUGCCAUAUGUGUACCUUCCGCAACCACCCACUGCUUGACAAGUGCGAAGAGUGUGACAUGCCGCGGAUAUUCGUAGUUCGAGCACCAGAUGGAAUCACAGUUCAUUUAAUGCCUGGUCGUCGGAAAAUAGUGCGGUCGUGGGUAUUAUGAAAUGCAGCCUUGUUAUUGAAAUGUAUUUUUAAGUUAAAACGUCUAUCUUAAGUGCAGUAGCAAUUAAAAUAAAAACGAUCUGUGAUAUUCGCAUUUGGUAGUCUAAUUUCUAAUUGAGGAUUUUUGAUUUGCACAUUCCAAAACAAAUGGUUAUACGUUCAUUCGUUGAUAGUAUUAGUAACUGCGUGUAAUGUAACGUUACUUGCGAGUGGACUCGAUGGCCUUGACUUUGAUAUUGUUCUUAUUUUCGUUUUUCUCUUAUACUUUCCUAUUCUCACUGAGUGCUCUGUUGUACCAAAUGCGAAUAACUUAAUGUUAUUUACAUUUAAACACUGCUGCACUUAAGGUGGAUAGGGAAUUUAUGGUAACGUGCAUUUCACUACGUUAUGUAAUUGUAGUGAUUGUACUGGCUAUGUUAUGAAAUUAUUUCGAGUAAUAAUAAUAUAAAAAAGGAAAAAGCAGUUAUUUAUAUGUAUUUUUGAACUUAGUUAAAUCACUUAAAUAAAUUCACGUUCUAUUUUUGGUGUUCCACCAAUCAUUAUAAGUUAAAAAAAACGAGAGAAUCGCUGUGUGUAAACUUAGUUUCUGAGCAAAAAUUGCAAACGCGAUAUUUAUAAGCAGUUAGAUUUAAUACAUCGUGCAACUACACGAAAUAUAUAUUAUAUAAUUUGUUACAAAAUUUCCCUAUAUAGCUUUCUGUUUAAGUAAGUAACAGCCUGUAAAUGUCUCACUGCUGGGGUAAGGCCUUCUCUCCCUUUUUGAGGAGAAGGUUUAGAGCUGAUUCCACGACGCUGCUCCAAUGCGGGUUGGUGGAAUACACAUGUGGCAGAAUUUCGAUGAAAUUAGAAACAUGCAGGUUUCCUCACGAUGUUUUCCUUCACCGAAAAGCACAAGAUGAAUUAUAAACAGAAAUUGAGCACAUGAAAAAUCAGAGGUGCUUGCCCGGGUUUGAAACCACGUUCAUCGGUUAAGAUUCACGCGUUCUUACCACUGGGCCAUCUCGACUUUCUGUUUAUAUGGUUUUAACUGCGUGUUUUUUAUUUCACGUAUGUCUCGUGAUCAUUGAUAAAGUGGAAGCUACUUGCAAGUCCCCAAAUUUUAAUAAAUAAAAAGUAUAAAAUUCACCGCGACAUAUAUAAAAACACAUUGAAGUUUUAGAAAACACAAGUAAGGUUUAGAAUAGAAACGAUAAAUGAAAGAACAAAUAUUGUGUAUUAUAAAAAAAAUCUAAAUGGAAUAUGUAUUUGCUUCAACAUCAUCGGUUUUCGGUUAUAAGAAAUAAAUAGGGCGGAAUUCUGGAGUAAGAAAGUGGAGUCAUGUACAUUGGACUACUAAAGAUAAAACAUUAAAACGAUAUCUAAAUAAUCCAUACAUUUCAUUCCGAAAUUAAUAAAAGUACUUUUUAACUGUUAAUGAAAGCCACUCUGCUCAGAGUUCUACUCUGUAUUUCUCAUUUUUAUUACAAAAGAGAUACACAUUUGUUAAAGUGAAAAGUAUCAUCCAGUGUUACUAGACAUAUUAACUCUUGUAGAUGGUAAUACGAAAGAAACAAUAGUGCUGAAAAACCUUACUUCAAUUUUUAACAACCGUCUUAAAAAAAAAAAAACAAUAAUUAAAAUAAUCUGCAGUUAUUGCCCGCAUCAUGUUCCAUUGCCACUCUAAAACCAGGCUGCGGAGAUACAUUCGUGUAAAAAGUAGACGAAAAAUCUUUUAUUAUAUGUACAGUAAGUUCUAUAAAUCGUAAUUGGUUUCCUUUUAUACAUAUAAAAAAAAACUUUUUAUUUACACCAGUUAUACAAUUAGUUAUAUUAAGCAAUUCAUGAAUCGUUAGAUAUAGUCGAGACUUACUAUACAAUAAAUUUAAAUGCAAGCGAACGACAGAGACAAACGCGCCACCCUCCAUUGCGCAUGCGCGAUUUUCGUUUUAAUCGUAUACGUAAUAUUGACAUAAUUGACAUCUGUGCAAGUGCACAACUGAACUUAAUCGUUGUCAACAUCAGAACAACAAAGUAACGUGACGCUAACUACCAAUAUAGUCUUAAAAAAACACGAAUCUCGCUAUGAUUCGUAUUAAUAAGAGAAAGCAAUAAAAUGAUUGCUGUCUGAAUUUUUCCUAUUACAUUAUAUAAAUAUUUUCAUAUACUGGUAGGUAUUACUUGAGUUGUGUUUGGCAUACUGAAAACAAUCAUAUUUAUUUCAAAACGUGUUUUCUGUAUGAAUAAAAUACUUUAAGGCGUAUCUAAAUUUUAGCACUAAAUCCGCCAGAUGUGUAUUUUAAUUUAAGAACAUACAAGACUUUAUACAAUGUAAUUAAAAGUAUAAUUGUACAAUUUUAUUUCCUUUGUGAACUUAUAAAGGGGUAGUUCGUUACAUUUUUUAGAAUAUAUGUGAGAGUUUCAAAUACUCUGUUGUAGUUUUAAAACAAAGUCGCAAUAACUUACUGAAUAAAAGAAUAGUUUUAUACUACACGAGAUUUACUUCACAGAAUGAAUAAAGUUACGUAAAAACAAAAUAUAUAAUAAUUACCAAGACACGAAAAAUUUAUUUUAUUUUAAUAGUAUCUAUAUUCUUUUAAAAUGUAUGAAACAAUUUUUUAUUUUUUCAAAUUAUAACAACCAUGGAAUCGAGGGUAGUGAGGAUUAUUUACAUUAACGGGCAUGCACUUGAAAUUUGAAUACGUUGUUUCCGUGUAAUCGAAAAACAAUAUAAGCUUGCCAUUGUAGUAUGGCUUUCAUCUAAACUGAAGGCAGUUAUAAUGUGCUAUAUAAAUGCAUUAUGAUUAUAUAGCUUCUUAAUUAUAUACUUUGCUUGAGCUCCUCUAGGAAGGUUUAGUUGAAUAACUUUUUAUAAUUUUGUUAUUAUAACUAGUAAACAAAUUAAAGAGAAGUGGUUUUAGUCAGUAAAACUAUAAAGCUUUGGUUAUUUGUUUGUCUGGAUAAAAUGUUAGAUUUCAGCCUUCAAUCGCAACAAAAGAAAGAAUUACAUUUUAAUUAGCAUUGUUUGAUAGGUGCGCUGCAUCACGCAUUGGUCGUUUUAUGUCCGUGGUGAGUGGUGACUGAUGCUAGCUGUCAGCGAUUUAUCUACUUCGUUGGUCUUGUCACUAGUGGUAAGCUUCAGUAAGGCCAAUAAAAACUAAAACUCCGAGUUUUUCCAUCGGAUUAUUAGAAGAAUCGAGUGCAAACAUCUUGUGCAUCAUAAUAUGACCUGCGUAGUUAGCAAAGUGAAAAAAUGUGUAAUUAAUUAUACCUUUAAUAUGCAUUUUUUUAACGUUGUAUACAUGACAAUUUAUUCACAGAGCGGCCGGGACGAGCUUAUAAACCAAUAGUGGGCUAAUAAUAUUUCGUAGUUCUAUAUCUAGUCUAGACAAAUAAAUAAUCAAUGUACAAAAUAAAAUUAUUAUGGCGCGACCAAUACUGACCUCACCACCUACCAAGUAUACAAGCAUGGUUUUUAAACUAAACUGGUGCACUGGCAAAUUUGCAGUACUGUCUAUCUUGAAGUGUUGAUGAAAUAAUCAAGAAACAAAUCAGACUAUGUUUUCAUGAGAUUUUCUGUUCUUUUUGCUCAAUUAAGCUAUUUAAAUAUAAAUGUACUUAUUUUAUAUAAACAAGUUUUUAGUUAUUAUUAUGAUAACUUAUCAUUUUUAGCGGAGCUCAAGCUUUACAGCAUUUCUAUGUAAAAAAUAAAGUGCUCAUUUUAUGUAUGUAUAUAUGAGUAAGUACUUGUGAUACCAUUAGUACUUCUAGUGAAUAUUAUAAGAUAGUGCAAAUUUAAGAAGAUCUGUACUUAGUGUAAAACAUAUAUGUAAGAAAAAAAGCUUUUCAACACAAAAAACAUGAUAUUAUGUCCAUUUUUUAUUAAGUCAGUAAGGCUUGUACCUCGUACACCAGACCACAAAACUCAAAAUUAUUGUAUUUACUGGUAAGGUUGGCCACCCUGCCUGUAAUGAAAUCUUUAGAAAGUGGUAUAUGAUUUUUAAUUAAAUAUUUUAGGCAGGACAUAAUAGAUUUCUGUAAUGGAAACUUAAAUUGUUAAACUUGUACAAGGAAAAAUAAAUAAAAAUGUUUAGUGCUUUAUAGAUUAUAUAUUUAGACCUUUUGUAUCUAUAAAUUUGAUAUGUACUUACUUAAUCAUCUGUAUCAAAAUAAACUUGUUAUUGAAAAUUGU